AUGCCCCAUUGCUACCCUUGCUUGCUGCCCACACCACACCCACAGGCGCGUGAGAUCGUGGUGGGCGGCAGCAAGAAGUGGACGUUCGGCAUCAGCACCUGGAAGCCCAAAUCCACCGCGAAAGCAGGCGACGUGCUCGUGUUCAAGUGGAGCGGGUUCCACGACGUGUGGCAGAUGAGCACCGUCGCAGCCUACAAGGCCUGCGACUUCCAAGCCGCUGAGCAGAAGGCACCCGCAGCCACGGGCACGACGUACAGUUUCACGGUGCCCAGUACAGCAGCGGGCAGCAUCCUGUACUUUGCCUGUGGAGUGCCAGGCCACUGCGCGGGCAAGAUGAAAGUGGCUCUUUCCGUCAAGAAAUGA